AUGGCUCAAUUCACGGCUACCCCUACCCCUAUCGGCGGAGGCAUACAAACCGGGCCCUGGCACUACCAAUCGCCAUUGAUUGACUUGUUCGUCUUCCCAUUCUUCGCCACAACUUUGUCAAGUAAAACUAACAAGGGAUGUUCGAGCUUUAGGAGAGAUAGAGGAGCAAUUGCGGUUGAAGUUUCUUCUAUCAAAGCAGUUGCUAGCUCUGAGGGGUUGCGCCAUUAUCCCCCCAUCAUUAAGGCAGACAGUGCUACGCAAGCUGGUAUUGAGGGUCCUACUGGUACUACGAACACCGGUCGCACCGGCACCCUUAUGCCCGAUCGUGGCGGCGUCGGGCAGCGCUGGUCUUCUGCCAUCAAGAAGAUUUAUAAAAAAAUCAAGGGAUGCAAACCCGUAUCCUUCUUUCGUAAGGGUAAAAAGCAAGGGUAG